AAGUCAAUGCCAAUAAAAAUGAUCUAUGGUUAAUGUUUGUUUGGGUUGAAUCAAAACUUUUAUAAGUUUAACAAAUCGAAAUAAACAUCAAUGAAAUAGCAAAUAUGCCCAAACCAACGUGUGUUCAAUGUAACACUAACGACUCCCUAUUAUGGCGAAGCGCGGAAAACGGACAAAUAUGCAAUGAGUGUCAUUUAGCAAAUACCGCGAGUAAAGAUAUUGACGUUAAUAUUAUAAAAUCUGAAACUGAAGACAAAAAGGAGGAAAAAGAUGCUGAUGAAGGUAAAAAUGGGAAGACCGAGAGUGAUUCAACACCAGCCAAAGCGACGGGCAAAGGAACUAGGAAAAGUACUCGUGCGACGAGGUACAAACCUAAGACACCAGCUCCUGCCCCCUCGAAGCCAGCAGCCCCCCGAGGAAGGGGUCGUAGAAGUAUUUUCAAGAGACAACCUUUAAAGGCGCCAACCGCUACGGCCACUGUUGUUACUAGCGAUUCAAUUUUUUACAAGGGUUCAUACAUGCAAGUUGGUGACAUUGUGUCCAUGCUUGAUGUACAUGGAGACACAUACUAUGCUCAAAUCCGAGGUUUCCUCACCGACCAGUACUGUGAGAAGAGCGCUGUUGUUACCUGGCUCCUACCAACAAGAGCCAGUCCACCACCUGAGAAGGGUUUUGAUCCAGCUACUUAUAUAAUUGGGCCUGAGGAAGAAUUGCCACGAAAAUUGGACUACAUGGAAUUUGUAAUGCAUGCCCCAUCUGAUUACUAUAAAGCUAGCAACACACCAUAUGCUCUUACUGACAAUGAACUUAACAAUUGUACAGGUUUCAUAUGGACCUCUUUGGAACCAAAAGAAAAAACAUAAUUAGUUGUAGUAUUUGUAUGUUAAAGUGGUUUUAAGUAAGAUAAGUAAUAAAGGUAUGAAGUUAUAAA